AUGGCACUCAAUGUUCAAAGAUUCGGAAGUUUUAGAAGUAUUCGAAAGAGGUCAUCUAAUAAUACCAAAAACAAUAUCAAUACUAAUACUAAUACUAAUACCGGUACCCCACAAGUUACGACAAAUAUAACAACCAAUAAUGAGGGACUACCAGGGCCACCAUCAGAGCUAAUUGCGAUGAGAUAUGAAGAUAUGUUCCCUGGAGCAAGGGCACCAAUUCCCGUUACUGUUGCACCUCCACUUUCUCCACCUACAGAUACGCAUCCUGCAUUUCGACCACGAUCAUUACUUAACCAAGGUCAUGAACUAGGAGCUUUGAAGAAGGAGGAUAAUACAAAGAGAGAUUCGGGUCUUGCCCCUACUACCAGUACAAGUGCUCGAGAUUGUGAAGGUGGUUCUAUUAAUCGUCACUCUUUUAAUACCGUCGACAAUGAUAAUGUCUUGGGAAUCAAUAUAAACUUUGAUUCAAAAGUGGCCAUGGCAGAACCAAGCAGCACAAGCUCCACUCCACAAGUUCAAUUGAGCGAUGUGCAAUCACCCGCAUCACUAAAAUCUCCAAGUUUUAUGAAAAAUGAAAGCUUGGGGUCUUCUGCAGGGUCCCUGAAACGAUGGAAAACGAAAAAUGGUAAUUCCAAAACCCCUACCAAUACUGGUAAAUCUAUAGAGAUUUCAGACGAGCAAUUUUCACCCAUCACCACUCCAAUUCCAGGUGAAAGUUUAUUAGAAGACGAUUUUAUGCAAUCGAUGUCUUUUUCCAAAAGAGGGAGUAUCAUGUUAGGGGGAAGAAAGCCAAUAAAUGCUCAAGCGCGCACAAAUGCGACGCGAAGACAACCUAGCUUUUCUAUGUUAGCCACAACGUCGCCAUCGAUCAAAGUAUUGUCGGACGAUUUGGAAAUGGAGUCGCAAAAGGUCAGAUCUAUGUAUGAGUCGGGGUCGGGCUUUGACUGGCGUGAUGGGAAAGACGACACAAUUGAUAAUCGUUUAACAGCUGGAGGGGAAUCGAUACCCGAAAGACCUGUUACGGCAAACAGUUACUUGACUCCCAAUGGCAUUGGCGUACCACAACGAUCCGCGAGCGCAUUGUCGAAUAGAAGACCUGCCGAGUUAGCUGGAGGCAUCGAAGAUUGGGAAGACGUGAAUGGGAAAGAUGUCGAUAGAUAUGGUUUCAUUAACAGCGGGAGGACCACCACCAGGCCUGGCACACCAGAACCCAAACCACCACAACGAGUCUCUACUGUACUUCAAUUGGCCUCCGAAGCACCACGAAGAAAACGGACAUUUGGUCGAUCGCCAUCUACUGCGAAUUCCCAGAAGGGAUUCAGGCGUGCGCCUAGUCGAAAGGUUUCUGCGAGAUCAUUGAAAAGGACACAAGGGGAUAAUGCGUCAAUACGAAGCUCGCGAAGCUCUCAACUUAGACAAGCUGCCAAUCGAUUGCCAGGAAAUAAAGAUAGAAGGUGGAUGGACGAAGCUGGUGACAUGUUGACUCUACCUCCUGGCUUGGCCGAUAUUGCUGAAGAAGAUGGAGAAGGGAUGGUCUUCGAAUUCGACACGAAAAAUUCCAAAUUAAUAGAAAGGACAUGGAAAGGGAUACCAGAUCGUUGGCGUUCUGCGGCAUGGUAUUCUUUUCUUUCUAGUUCAGCAAAGAAGAGGGAAGAUAGCGCGCAAGAGGGAGAUAUAAUCGAAGCUUUCCAUAAGCUACAAGAUCAAAGUUCGGCAGAUGAUGUCCAAAUCGAUGUUGAUGUUCCUCGGACGAUCAAUAGCCACAUCAUGUUUAGACGAAGAUAUAGAGGUGGUCAGAGAUUACUCUUUAGAGUUCUUCACGCUUUAUCACUAUACUUUCCUACAACGGGCUAUGUUCAGGGCAUGGCAUCAUUGGCAGCUACUCUUCUGUGUUAUUUUGACGAAGAGAAAUGUUUCGUGAUGCUAGUACGCAUGUGGACUUUGCGUGGGCUAGAGAAAUUAUACGAGCCAGGGUUUCCGGGUUUGAUGGCUGCUUUAGAUGAGUUUGCAACUACGUGGCUAGAUAAUGGUGAGGUUUCGGCUAAGCUGAACGAACUUGGCAUCGAACCUACAGCAUACGGUACUCGAUGGUAUCUCACUCUCUUCAAUUAUUCCAUUCCUUUCCCAGCUCAACUCCGCGUUUGGGAUGUCUUCAUGCUUCUUGGAGAUGAAGAUCAAUCAUUACCCUACAGCAAAGAAAGACCAUUUGCAGGUGGCUUGGACAUUAUUCAUGCUACUAGCGCCGCAUUAAUCGAUGGCACGCGAGAUAUAUUACUCGAUAGUGAUUUCGAAAGUUCAAUGAAAGUCCUCACGAGUUGGAUCCCAGUCAAGGAUGAGGAAUUGUUGAUGAAGGUCACGAAAGCAGAGUGGAAAUUGCAUCGAGGGAAGAAGAGAAGUUGA